CACAAUCGAUUUUGUAUAUUGAUCCAUCUUUUCCUCAACCGCCGAAGAAAAGCCAAGCCCACAAUCGUUCCGAUGAUGAUGUCCGCACCACAUCAAAACCCCUUCUGUCAUUACAUAAAUAAAUCCAGGAAAGAAAAAGACACACUUGAUGCCCUCCGUCCCUCAUCUCCCGCCACGUGUAAGAAUCGACGGAUGGGGAUCCAUCCUUUCCCUCCAAAAAUUUCUCUGCCUCUUGCCUUUUUUGUCUCACUCCACUCCGGCACUCCGUCGCCAUGAAAACUUAUCCUUCUCUCUUUCAUUCUCAUUCGUUCGUAUUCUUCUCAGUAUAGCGCUCUGUUCGGCCAGACUAUAAAUAGAGCGAGCCAGUGCUUUGUUGAAGCAGUCACUGUGUCACGCUCGCUCACUCACUCACUAUUCUUCUGCUCCCUCCUCCUCCUGCUCUCACUCCUACCCAACCACGCGCUCACAUAAACAACAUAUAUAAUCAACAUAUAAUAAUUAAGUGGAAGAAUAGAAAACGAUUUCAUCCUUCCUCGGAAAGAAUGAACAUGGAAGAAUCGGCGGCUUUGGCGGCGGCGGGGAGUGACAGCAGUGGUAAUAAUGGGGUGGUGAAAUCGCGGUUCAAGAGGGUCUGUGUUUUCUGCGGGAGCAGUGUUGGGAAGAGAAACUGCUACAAGGAUGCCGCCAUUGAUCUUGCUGAGGAGCUGGUGGCGAGGAGGUUGGAUCUCGUCUAUGGCGGCGGGAGUAUUGGGCUGAUGGGGUUGGUUUCUCAAGCUGUGCACCGCGGUGGAGGCAAUGUUCUCGGGAUCAUACCCAGGACCUUGAUGUGCAAGGAGAUCACUGGUGAAACAGUUGGAGAGGUGAGGCCAGUAGCCGACAUGCAUCAAAGGAAAGCAGAAAUGGCCCGCCAAUCUGAUUGUUUCAUCGCCCUACCAGGUCGUGGGUACGGGACCCUGGAAGAGGUGCUGGAAGUAAUCACUUGGGCUCAGCUUGGGAUCCAUGACAAGCCGGUGGGUUUGCUAAAUGUGGAUGGCUACUACGACAACCUCCUUACCUUCAUUGACAAAGCUGUGGACGAUGGCUUCAUCCAGCCAUUUCAGAGGAACAUAUUUGUCUCAGCUCCUAAUGCCAAGGAGCUAGUUCAGAAGCUUGAGGAGUACGUGCCAGUGAAAGAUGGAGUCAUUGCCAAGGAAAGGUGGGAAGUUGAGCUGCAGCAGCAACCACCACAACAGCAACAACAGGUGGGGUUCAAUGCUACUUCUACUACUGCUACUACCAUCACUACUACCACUUUGCAGCAGACUGAGAUAGCUCUAUGAAUGCAAAAGGAAGGGCAGGUUUAGGGGGGACGGAAUUAAUGGAUGGAAAGAAAUGAAUAGUUAGGGGGAAAGGUGGGGGUUAGGCCCUUUUCUCUUUUGCUUUCUAGUCUGAUUUUGGGGUCAGAGUUGAGACCACCCAUUAUGGGUAUGGUGGUGUGGUUUGAACUUUUGAUUGAAUGACUUGGCUAAAAGAAAAAGUGGAGACUUUCUGUUUUUUUUCUCUUAUUCAUUUUAGUACAUGUACUGGCUAAUGAUGGAAGAAUAGGAAUAUGGUUAACCACAAUGAUCCAAGGUUGACCUCAGAUUAAGCUCUCUUUUGUAAUUGGAAAGUUCCUUUUGGGUGGUAUCAAUAUGUACAAAACAUAAGUGUUUUAUUGUCAUUAUUAUAAUAUAGGAUUCAUGAAAAAGCCAUAACCUAGAACUCCUUUGUCUUUUGCCUUUAUUUUUUUUGUUUCUGCUGUAGUGCCAGGAACCGUUAUUUGAUUGGUGCAAAGCUUGGAGAGAACAUUAGUGGUAAAUAAUUAGAAGCUACUAGUGGUGAGAACGAGGCAUUGGUCAUUUUACCUCUUUGGUGAAUGUAUGACAGAAAGGGCAGCCUGGUUUUGUUUUUGGGAUGAUAUUUUGAUCAGCCUGCCUGGUAGUGUACUGUUACAGCUCAUUUGCAGGGACAAUGGCCAAGGCCAUGGCAGGUCUUUUUUGUUGUGAGUUUGAACUUUGAACUGUAGCUGGCCUGGGGCAGAUUACCCCUUGAGGCUGUUUUGUAUUUGUGCUUUCCCUGUUAAAAGCACUGUACAUAGUGCAGAGAGAGAGAGAGAGAGAAUGAAUGAUGAAAUUGAAUGGUCUGGUGACAAAAGAGAGAAAAGGGAGGGGCUGGGUGACUCAUCAUGGUGAUGACCUUACCUAACACACAAAGAGAGAGAAAAUCAAGCUUGGUGUUUUUUUCAGAAUUUGCCAUACUUGAAGGGUUACUUGUCCAUCAUCACACACCUCCACUAUGGAUCUUCAUCUUCCACCACUGAGCUUCUUCUGGGCCUCUCUUCCCUCCAUUUGGGAAAU